GGGGGGGCCGGGAAGGGGGAAAAGCAGAAAUAUAUAUAUAUAUACCUGACCGCCCCCCCACCCCGCUUCCCCUUCCCGCUUCCCAACUGUCCCCCCUCUGCCCAGCGCAGCCCGCGGGGUCCCCCUCGGCUGUGCCCCGCGCGGGCUGGGGGGUCCGGGGGCGGCGGCGGGUCCCGACCGUCUCCCCGGCCGAGCGGAGCCCGGCUUAGCCGCACUGGCUUCUUUGUCUGCGGGCGGCGGCCGCCCCGGCCCCGGCCCCGGCCCCCGGGCCCCCGUCCCGGGCUGUGAGAUGAAUCUCUAAUCGGUGGCCGCCGGGUAUCCGGGGCGAAGGCGGCUCGGGCUGGGGCUCCGGAGAAAGAAGGGAAAUAGAAGAGUCCAGGUGAGCGCUAGGUCUCACGGAGCACCAUCCUGAGAGCAGCUGUGAUGACGGAUGUGCUAGGUGUGGGCUGGCCCCCACCCACCCUGACCAGAUACCAUGGAACCUGGAGCUGGGCCAGAGUCAUCUCUGACUGUCAAUGAACAGGUCAUCGUCAUGUCAGGCCACGAGACCAUCCGAGUGCUGGAAGUCGGCGUGGAUGCACAGAUGCCCACUGAUGAGGAGACCCGAGGCCUGGAGGGCACAGCGGCCCCGCCCGCCCAGAGUGGGGGCCCCACUGGAGCUGGGGCAGCUGCUGGGGAAGCCGGGCCUGACAACCCAGACUCCUCCGCAGAGGCAACUGUGAAGUCACUCCCAGGGAUCCCUCCAGGCCCUGUCCCUGCUGUUGCCACCUUCAGCCAAGCCCCAAGCCAGCCUCAAGCACCGCAGACCCUGACACCAUUGGCUGUUCAAGCUGCCCCCCAGGUCUUGACUCAGGAAAACUUAGCCACAGUUCUGACAGGAGUUAUGGUUCCAGCAGGGGCAGUUACUCAACCUCUUCUUAUCCCCAUCAGUAUUGCAGGUCAAGUGGCUGGCCAGCAGGGGCUGGCUGUGUGGACAAUUCCUACAGCAACCGUGGCCGCCCUCCCGGGACUGACCGCUGCUUCUCCCCCGGGGGGAAUUUUCAAGCCACCUUUAGCCGGUCUCCAAGCAGCUGCUGUGCUGAACGCCGCCCUGCCGGCCCCCGGGCCAGCCGCCCCACCGCUGCAGGCCUCCUCGCCCGCCCCGGCCCGGCCAGCAGCCCAGCCCCAGACGCUGUACCAGACCCAGCCGCUGCUGCAGACCGCGCCCGCCAUCCUUCCACAGCCCACCGCCGCCACUGCGACCGCCCCCACCCCCAAGCCAGUGGACACCCCCCCACAGAUCACCGUCCAGCCUGCAGGCUUCGCGUUUAGCCCAGGAAUUAUCAGUGCCGCUUCCCUCGGGGGCCAGACCCAGAUCCUGGGCUCCCUCACCACCACUCCGGUCAUUGCCAAUGCCAUUCCCAGCAUGCCCGGGAUCAGCAGCCAGAUCCUCACCAACGCUCAGGGACAGGUUAUUGGAACACUGCCCUGGGUCGUGAACUCAGCCAGUGUGGCGGCCCCUGCACCAGCCCCGAGCCUGCAGGUCCAGGCUGUGACCCCCCAGCUGUUGCUGAAUGCCCAGGGUCAGGUGAUUGCCACCCUGGCCAGCAGUCCCCUGCCUCCACCUGUGGCUGUCCGGAAACCAAGCACACCCGAGUCCCCCGCCAAGAGUGAGGUGCAGCCCAUCCAGCCCACACCAGCCGUCCCCUCGCCAGCUGUGGUCAUUGCCAGCCCAGCCCCGGCACCCAAGCCAUCUGCCUCUACUCCCAUCCCAAUCACCUGCUCAGAGACCCCUACAGUCAGCCAGUUGGUGUCCAAGCCACACACCCCAAGUCUGGAUGAGGAUGGGAUCAACUUGGAAGAGAUCCGGGAGUUUGCCAAAAACUUUAAGAUCCGGAGGCUCUCCCUGGGCCUCACACAGACCCAGGUGGGCCAGGCUCUGACAGCCACGGAAGGCCCAGCUUACAGCCAGUCGGCCAUCUGCAGGUUCGAGAAGCUGGACAUCACGCCCAAGAGCGCUCAGAAACUGAAGCCGGUGCUGGAGAAGUGGCUGAACGAAGCCGAACUCCGGAACCAGGAAGGCCAGCAGAACCUGAUGGAGUUUGUUGGGGGGGAGCCCUCCAAAAAACGCAAGCGCCGCACCUCCUUCACCCCGCAGGCCAUCGAGGCUCUCAACGCCUACUUUGAGAAGAACCCGCUGCCCACUGGCCAGGAGAUCACCGAGAUCGCGAAGGAGCUCAAUUAUGACCGGGAGGUGGUGCGGGUCUGGUUCUGCAACCGGCGCCAGACGCUCAAGAACACCAGCAAGCUGAACGUCUUUCAGAUCCCUUAGGGCACCCCCAGCCUCGGGUUCCAGCACUUUCUCCUUUUCCCUGGGUACAGACAGGUGACCGUGCUUGUCCCGGCCCUGAGGGCUCCACUGUGCGCAUGUGCUGUCAGCUGCUCCCUCCCCUCCCCCACCAGAGCCCCAGGUUCGGGCUGGGUCCCUCUGAGGGAGGGGAUAGUGGUGUCCCUGGAAGAAGCACUUUGCUAACUUGGUUUGGAAGGGUGAAUUCUGGUGGGGAACCAGAAGUGCCCCAUCGUUGGGGCAGGGUGGCAGCACCCCUAAAGGACCAGUGGCCAUUCGUUCUUAUUUUGAAUGGGGUUCUCUUUCUACCCUCCCGCUUCCCCUUUGCUCCUCUGUGUGUGGGGGCGCGUUGGGGUGGGGGGCAGGCGGCCAAUCCUCUGAGAGGACCCAAGGUCACAGCUGAGAGAAGUGUCUGUCCUCGCAGUCCUGUCUGUCUGGACAGCGGGAAGAAAGGUUCCCAGAGCCCUCGGCCUCUGACCCUGUCCCUGUCCCUGUUGGGGGUGGGUACACGCAGUCGCUGGCAGAAGCUUUUCUUUGAUAAUCUGUGUUGGAGGGAAGCAUCAGUGAGCCCUGGCUGUCUUGGGGUUGGCCUCCGGUUUUCAGCAGGUGAGCACUCAGCAAAGAGCCGGUCGCUCCUGACCCUAGCCUAAUCUCUGUGCACAGUGUCUCCCCUGCAGAAACAAUGUGAAGAGUACGAGUAGUGUGGCAAGGGCCUAGCCCGAGAAAGCAGGGAACGGCGUGUGACUCGUUCCCUUGCCUUGCCACUCACCCGCCACCCGCCUCUAGACGGGGCAAAUGGAACAGUCAACCCGGCCAGGCCCAGGGAAAGGUCUGUGGCUAGAGAUGACAGCCUAGGGCAAAGCUUGUGGAGGGCAGCUUCAUUUACUUUCCUGGUAACUUGAACCCCUGGAUGCUUAACUGGAGUGGAACGGUACUUUGUCUUGAGACUUAGGCCAGACCUGGUGCCUGGAACCCUCCCCCCCCCCCCCCCCGUCCCCGUGUUCCUGGGUCAGAGCACCCCUGGGACACGAUGGGUUUUGCCGUAGGAGGAUAUUAAGGGUUGGCAUGGCAUCUCAGCUGCUGGGUUUGUCCCCAGGCUCUCAGAGACGGGAAGGCUGAGCUGUUUUCUCAGAUUAGCCCGGACUUGCAGUGUAGACCACCUCAGAAGGGCCAUCGGUCCCAAGGUUCAGCUGCUCCCCUCCUCGCUACUCUUGCUGACAACCAGAGCCGGUGCAGGCCGGGGCUCAGCGGCGGGGCAUUUGCUUUGCCUUGUGUGAGGCUCCAUUCCGGGCACCACCAAAAACUGAAUAGACGAGCCAGGUCUCUGUCAUCUGUGCCAGCUCACCUCACAGCACACCGCUGAGCGAGUGGGGCCUGAGCAAGGGACCCCCGUGUCUUCAUCAGUCCUGCCACUGAGAGGACAAGUGUGUCCUUGCAUCGCCUCCCUCCACUGUAUCCAGACCACCCGCCCAGGAGGUGGGUGCUGAGAAUGUUUUCUAGGACUUAGUCUCGCCCCCUAGGGACACACUGCCCCGCCUGGAGUCCAGGCUAAGAGGAAUUCAAGUACCCGAGUUUGUAAGGGAGUCAGUUUCUUCAGAGAGCUAGAAAGGUGGGUUUUCACUCACCAACACGAGCAUGGGGAGAGAAGAUUGGGUCCCCGUUUGUGCCCUGGAAGUAGGCUUGAAGCCAGGGUGUGCCCUGAGGUGGGCAUGCAGGAGAGGUUGUGGCUUCUGUGCUCCCAGGAGCCAGCGAGGGGAGGAACUUUGGCUCUGAUGCUCCCUGCCCCCACCCUACCCUCACCUGCCUGUGUCUCCCUCCGGGCUCCCACGGGUCCUGCUGGCCAAUUUUCACAUUCUCCCGUGUGGGGAGGACAGGCAGGCUCCCUCCCAGAAGGACAAUGCCAAGGCCGGAAGAGUCUGCAGGCGGCGCUCUCUGCGUCCAGGGAGCAGUCAGGAGUCUUGAACUAUGCUCACAACAGAGUUCUGGGGUCCGGAAUCUCUGGUCCCAUGCCCACACACAUCUGGUCCCAGGGCAGCCAGCAGCUGUGGGCCUGAGGUGGGGUUUUGACUUAGUUUUAGUCGCCUCGGGCUCUGAAGGGAGUUGAGGGAUUUGUUUUUGGAAGCACCUUUUCGGACUCAUAGCAGAAGUCUCAGUGUCUCAUUUGCUUGGGAAAAGCAGGAGGAAAAGUUCAGAAAUGGAUAAAUGUGUGUGUGUGUGUGUGUGUGUGUGUGUGGUUUUUGUUUCUUUGUUUUUGUUUUAAAUGAAAGACCAAAACUUCCUGUGGCCUGGUGAAUCACCAUGUAUUUCAUCUGGGUGGGGGCCAAGGAAAGGAAUCGUUCUAAUGACUCAAGGAAUACGCUUGAAUUUGGAAUGUGAGACCCUGAUGUUUUUGUGUCCUUAGAAAGUUGGUCAACUUUGUGUGCUUAGACUCCUUCUUGAUGACGUUAUCCAGGCUCUGACACUGAGGUUUGGACUGUCCCCCGACACAGGGCAAGGCUUGCAUAGGGCUGGCGUGA